AUGCAAACAAUUGAAGCUUGUAAGCACAGUAACCAUUUGAUAAAUGCUGGACCUGAAAUGGAUGUCGACAAAUAUGCAGGAAGAAAAGUUGCUUUAAUCACAGGGAUAUCAGGACAAGAUGGUUCUUAUCUUGCUGAACUGCUGUUGUCGAAAGGUUAUGAAGUGCAUGGCAUUAUUCGUCGUUCUUCAUCUUUCAAUACCGCUAGAAUUGAGCAUUUGUAUUCGAAUCCAAUAACACAUCAGGCUGACUCAAAUUUCCUACUUCAUUAUGGUGAUAUGACGGAUUCAUCAUGUCUCAUCAAGAUCAUUAGUCAGAUCCAGCCAACGGAAGUGUACCAUUUGGCUGCUCAAAGUCAUGUCAAGGUAUCGUUUGAUUUGCCAGAAUAUACGGCUGAAGUAGAUGCCAUAGGAACAUUACGUUUAUUGGAUUCCAUUCACGCUUGUGGCCUAACCAAUAAAGUGAAAUUUUAUCAAGCUUCAACAUCCGAACUUUAUGGUAAAGUACACGAAGUCCCUCAAAAAGAAACCACACCUUUCUAUCCUCGUUCUCCUUAUGCCGUGGCAAAACUUUAUAGCUAUUGGAUUGUAGUCAAUUAUCGAGAAGCAUAUAACAUGUUUGCCUGUAAUGGAAUUUUAUUUAACCAUGAAAGUCCACGACGAGGUGAGACAUUUGUAACAAGAAAAAUUACAAGGGGUGUAGCGAAAAUUGCUAUCGGACAGCAGGAAGUUUUGGUUUUAGGGAAUUUGAGCUCAAGACGUGACUGGGGACAUGCGAAGGAAUAUGUUGAGGCGAUGUGGAGAAUAUUACAACACGAUCAACCUGAUGAUUUUGUCAUUGCAACAGGUAGACAUUGCACAGUACGGGAGUUUGCUGAGCUUGCUUUCAAAGAAAUUGGAAAAACAAUAAUCUGGGAGGGUGAAGGAGUUAAUGAGGUCGGGAGAGAAAAAGAAACUGGUAUUGUUCGAGUGAAAGUCAGCUCUAAAUAUUAUAGGCCGACAGAGGUUGAUUUGCUUGUGGGAGAUGCCACAAAAGCAAAAGAAAAACUUCACUGGGAGGCUAAAAUCACUUUAGAGGAGCUUGUCAAAGAAAUGGUUGCAAGUGAUUUGGAGCUAAUGAAAUCGAACUCAAUGGCUUGA